AUGGUUUCGAAUUCUCAAAGUAAGGAGGCUCAAGUAUCAAAAGGUCGAAGCAAGGACCUUGCAGUUUCAAAGGCACAAAUGAGUGAUGCCAAAUCUAUUCAAAGCAAUCCCACAAAGAAGAUGAGAUCUACUUCAACCUUCGAGAAAGACCCAAGCUCUGCGACAUUUGAUGAGGAGCCAAAAUCGACUCGUGGUAUCAACACAAUGAGCCAUGUUGUGAAGAGGAAAAUCCAGAAGAUUAAGCCUGUGGUUGAGUACAAUAAAAGUGGUAGACCACACGGCAAGGCUGCUAUUGAGAUGCAGAGUUACAUUGGGGGUAAGAAGAUGGUGCUAUCGUCUGCCGCCAAAAAAUGGAAGGAUUUCAAGUCUACCUUAACUAGGUUGUCUCGAAAAGGGUAUGUUGGUUUGGAGGACGAAUUAUCAAAAACCAUGCCCGGUGAAGAAAUCGAUCGUUUUCUGCUAUGGAAGAAGGCAAGAGAAGCUAAACAGGGAAACAUCCUUGAUCUAAAGGUUGCAGAGAAGGCAAAAUUAAUCGUCAACCCAGACAACUCAUAUGUCUUCUUGUUUAAUCCCAAGAGUUUCCCUUCGUGUUCACCACCACAGCCACCACCUAAAGAACUAGCAUCUAGUAGUGCAGGACGUUCGAAUCUACCACACCCUUAUUUAUGGAAUGGGAGACCAGUGAAUCAGUGGUAUUGGUUGUGUGAUAAAGUUUACAGUGCUGAAGACUUUUUGGAGCUAUCCAAGCAAAAUGCUGACAAUCGGAAGAAGCAAAAAUAUCACCACAAAGGUGGUGCAAAGCCAUUCAUCCAACAUGCUAUGAAGGCCCAUAAGAGUGGAGCACUGUUAUCUAUGAUAGAUAAUUGGGGGGCUCUCCACAAAGACAAGAAGGGUCAAUGGAUCAAUGAUGUUGCUCAAGAGAAACAUGAUGAGAUGAAGAAAAUGCAAGAUGAGAUUAGGGAGAAGUUGAUUCAAGAAGCACCUGAGUGUACUACACCUGAUUAUAUAAAAGUGCCAUUGGAUGCUAAGUUUGGAAUCAUGGUUGAGAAGCUUGGGAGGAAGGGAAGAUCAAUCUAUGGUCUCAAGAUGCUAUCAACUAAUUUCAUCACUUUGCAAAAGGAGAAUGAAGAUUUGAGAGCCCAAUUGAGGUCCGUUUUGAUUGCAUCUCAGGGCCAAACUAGCACCAGCUCUAGAGGUAGUAAUGGUGUCCUUUCUGAUGAUGACUAUUAUGAUGAACUAGCAAACCACAAUCUUGAUGAGAACUAA